CCACUGGGCGAGACUGUCUCUCUGUGUUGGCGGUGAAAGAGGAGGGGAUGCUGCCGCUUGGAGUCGGGGGAAAAAAAAAAAAAAAAAGGGGCCGCCAUUAUUGGGAAGCUGACCAAAAAUAAGGCAGAAGAAGCGUCACAUUUGUUUGCGGCUUACCAGGACUCGACAUCACCAAGGAGGGCGGGAAUGGUCGCUUCUUCUCGGCUCGUUUCGAAGACACCACGUCUCCCAUCGCACCCUUUUGUUUCCUCUUCUUUUUUGGACACAACAAAGGAAAUAAUACUUGCUCUAAACAACGUGGUGGCGAAGCAAGAACCACUUGUUAAAAAGAGGCAUUUUUAAAAGCCGGCACCCUCCAUUUUUCCCCCCUCCUUGUUUUGUUGAAGAAGACUUUUUUUUUGUGCCGCAUUUGCUAGCUUGUGUCCUAACUAGCAUGUCUGCGAUGCCAGCGUUUGUCCUAACUAGCAUGUCUGCUAACCCUCCCGGAACGCGGAGGCUAAUGUGAAAACUUCCCCAGUCGGCAUAGAAAGUAAGAACAAAUCAACAUUUAAAACAUUUUUUAAGAGAAGAUAAAGCGGAUAAUAAGUGUUGCUGGAACUGUUUUUGUCCUUCUUUUUUUUAUUUAAAAAAAAAAAAAAAAAAGACUUCCCAAGAGAGAAGAAAGGAGUGGACCGAAUCCGGACAGGAAGGAAUGUUAUGGGUCAAACCCGAUAGUGCGAACCUCUUGCAUGGGAACCCUGAGUCCUCGGCAGCCUCCUUCUCUCUCUAGAGCUUGAGGCAAGCAUGGCAGGAUGAGCCUCCGCCAGCGAUAAUGAUGGCCAAAAAGCAAGAUGUCCGGGCGCCCAUCUACAACCUGGUCGUGGUUGGGCUGUCCGGUACAGAGAAAGACAAGGGCCAAUGCGGAGUGGGAAAGUCCUGCUUGUGCAAUCGCUUUGUUCGGCCAAGCGCUGAUGACUUCUACCUGGACCACACUUCUGUUCUCAGCACUAGUGACUUUGGAGGACGUGUAGUGAACAAUGACCACUUCCUCUUCUGGGGAGAGGCUGGUAGGACUGUGGAAGAGGGACCAGAGUGUCGAAUGAAUGUGGUGGAACAGACAGAAUUCAUUGAUGACCAAACAUUCCUGCCUCACCGGAGCACGGCGCUGCAGCCAUACAUCAAGAGAGCUGCCUCCACCAAACUAGCGUCAGCUGAGAAGUUGAUGUACUUUUGCACAGACCAGUUGGGGCUGGAGCAAGACUUUGAGCAGAAACAGAUGCCCGAGGGCAAGCUCAUGGUGGAUGGCUUUUUACUCUGUGUGGAUGUGAGCAGGGGCAUGAACCGCAGCUUUGAGGAUCAGAUGAAGUUUAUUACAAAUCUGUACAACCAACUUGCUAAAACAAAGAAACCUGUGGUACUGGUUCUUACCAAAUGUGAUGAAGGAGUUGAGCGCUACAUUAAAGACUCCCACACAUUUGCUCUAGCGAAGAAAAACCUGCAGGUGGUAGAAACGUCAGCACGCUCAAAUGUCAAUGUUGACUUAGCCUUUCUUACACUUCUUCAACUAAUUGACAAAAGUCGAGGGAAGGCCAAAAUAAUCACUUACUUUGAGGCACUAAGACAGCAGAGUCAACAGAUUGCCUCAGCAAAAGACCGCUAUGAGAGGCUUGUCAACCGCAUUGUAAGGAACCACAAUGAGACUUGGCCCUCUGUCAGUCACCGUAUGCAGUCCGCACCAGAAUACAAGGACUAUGUCUUCCUUGAGGGGACAGCUAAAGCCAAGAAGCUCUUCCAACAGCACGUGCACAGACUAAAGCAAGAGCAUAUAGAGAAACGGAGGAAGGCCUAUCUAAGUACUUUACCACAGGCCCUCUCUGUACUAUUACCGCAAUUGGAUGAGAUUGAUCAUUUGAGCUGGUCUGGAGUUCAGAAAGUACUGGAAACUAAGAGAGACUUCUCCCAGUGGUUUGUUGUUUUAGACGACACACCGUGGGAGACCACGCCGCACAUUGACAACAUGGAGGAUGACCGCAUUCCCCAGGACCUCCUUGAAACUCGCACAGCUGAGGAUAUCUACAAAACUCACCUGGACCAGCUAAGGGAAGACCGAAAACGAGCAGAAAUGAGAUGGGAAUUCAAGGAGAAGCUGAGUGUCUCGCCGUUCAUUACUCCAGGAAAACCCUGGGAGGAGGCUCGCAGCUUCAUAAUGAAUGAAGACUUUUACCAGUGGCUGGACGAAGCAGAGUAUCUGGAUAUCUACAAUAAGCACCAGAAGGAGAUUAUCGACCGAGCCAAAGAGGACUUUCAGGAGCUGCUACUUGAAUACUCUGAACUUUUUUAUGAGCUAGAGGUGGAUGCAAAGCCAAGUAAAGAAAAAAUGGGAGCGAUUCAGGAAGUUUUAGGUGAGGAACAAAGGUUCAAAGCCUUACAAAAGCUACAGGCAGAAAGGGAUGCUUUAGUAUUGAAGCAUAUCCACUUUGUUUACCACCCAACAAAGGACACCUGUCCCAACAGUCCUCAUUGUGUGGACUCUAAAAUUGAGCAGAUCCUGGCUUCCAGAUUUCCCACUCGCUAUGCAUCACCAGAUAGUUUAAGACUGGAUGGGGGUAGGGCAGAAAGGAUCAAUCUGGUCAUACUUGGUAAAGACGGGCUUGCCAGAGAAAUGGCAAAUGAGAUAAGGGCAUUGUGUACCAGUGACGAUAGGUACGUGCUCGAUGGAAAAAUAUAUGAAUUAGCCCUUCGGCCCAUUGAGGGCAAUGUACGCUUGCCAGUCAAUUCCUUCCACACACCAACCUUUGCACCUCAUGGUUGCCUGUGUUUGUAUAACUCAAAGGAAUCACUCUCAUAUGUGGUUGAGAGUUUAGAAAAGCUUAGAGAGUCAACAAUAGGUAGAAGGGACAGAGAAAAUGUUUUAGCCCAACUGCCACUUUUUCUCCUCCUUGUGACUAAGCGUGGGGUGGGUUCUAUAGGGGACAUUGGGGGGGAAACUGCCCAGACUCUUAUUCAUCAAGGGUUGCUUGUGGCUGCAAAGCUGCAGUGUUGUUACCUGGACCCAGCCUCGCCAGGCAUGGGCUAUGGGCGCAAUGUCAAUGAGAGGCAGCUCAACCAGAUGUUGAAAGGCCUUUUAGAGUCCCGUAGAAGCCUAAGAAGCGGCUCACCUCCUUUACCCUCUUCAUUGUCCACCCUCAGAGACUCUCAGUCCCAGCCAGUUCUAGAAUCAGACUUGAAGAUUGUCAUGUGCCUCAUGUGUGGAGACACGUAUGAUCUAGACCAGCUCCUUGCUCCCUUCUUGCUGCCCCAGCAUUGUCGCCCCGCUACCAGCCUCAACAGUGGAACCUCUGUCCUACUGGAUCUAAGUAUCGGUGGUCAGAGACAGACAAUUGAGUUGUCUUUGCUUUCCUUCCAUUCCUCAUUCUCUCUCCGCAAGACUCGACUGGUCCACGGCUACAUUGCAGUGUACUCUGCUCGCAGGAAAGCCUCCUUGGAAACUUUGUGUGCUUUUCUGUGUGAGGUUCAAGACAUCAUUCCAGUUCAGUUGCUUGCAGUUGGGGAAAGCCAGAUGGAGCUUUCAGACUCCGAGUCAGCAAAGGAACAGGUCAGUCAGGGAGAGGAACUUGCUCAUGAAAUUGAGGCAAGGUUUAACACAGUAAUAUGCGGGCAUGGAGGAGUUGUAGGCGGACUUCAUAAGAUCGACCUUUUCCAAACGUUUCUCAAGGAAAUAGUGGAGAAGCGCACUAUUAUUGAGGCAACACACAUGUAUGAUAACGUGGCUGAAGCCUGUACCAAUGAAAGCACCAGCCCCCGUUGUGGCUCGCCAAGUCCAGUGAAUCUUAUGGACUCCGAAGACGACAUUGACCCAUCACCACCUUCUUAUCCUACUUUAAGGGAAGAUGGAAGUCUGUGUUCCCAUCUUGGAAGCUUAAAGCUAACAGAUUUAGAUUCAAGUGACACAUUUUCCGUUAUUUCUGAACUCAGCACAUUUGAAAGCAAGUUAAACAACAAGGUGCCUCCGCAAGUGAAACCGAAACCUGUCCGAAAGGUCAAUCUAGGCCCUUACAUGGACCAGCAAGUUGGCACCACCCGCCGCUCUUUGCCCCAAGCUGUCACCUGGGCUCCAGGCAGCGACGGUGGCUACGAUCCCUCUGACUACGCCGAGCCUAUGGAUGCUGUCAGCAAACCUCGACAUACAGAGGAGGAGAGUAUUUACUCCGUCCCUCAUGACAGCACACAGGGCAAGAUAAUUACCAUCCGCAACGCCUACAAAGGUCACGCCAACGGGAGCGCCGGGGGGAACGGGUCCGACAGUGAGGCGGAUAGCAGCUCGCUGGAACGGAGAAGAAAGUUGUCGGCCAUUGGAGUAAAACCUAGACUUUACAGGGACAGAUCCAAACGUCUUGGAAAAUUCAGCAGUUUUAGGACAAGUUUUUCAAUAGGCAGCGACGAUGAGAUGGGGGGGCCACCCAAGGCUAGCCAGGAUGAUGGAGGAGCCCAGAAGGACAACUCCAUUGAGGAAAACGAGGACCCCAAAAGGAGAAGUAUCCUGAAGAGCUUGCGCAGAAAUACAAAGAAACCGCGAUCCAAACCAAGGCAUUCUAUAUCCAAACCUAUUGAGAGCAGCUACUUCGGAGUGCCGCUGGUAACCGUGGUAACUCCAGAGCGACCCAUCCCGGUGUUUAUUGAGAAGUGUAUACGAUUCAUUGAAACAACAGGCUUGAGCACGGAGGGCAUCUACAGGGUCAGCGGCAACAAGGCGGAAAUGGAGAGCAUGCAGCGUCAGUUUGACCAAGAUCACAACCUAGACCUGGUGGAGAAAGACUUCACUAUCAACACAGUAGCCGGAGCCAUGAAGGCCUUCUUCUCCGAGCUGCCUGAGCCUCUUGUACCUUACAGCAUGCAGGGGGAGCUGGUGGAAGCCUUCAAGAUCAACGACAGGGAGCAGCGCUUCCUGACGAUGAAGGACAUCCUCCGCUGCUUCCCCAGAGAGAAUUAUGAGGUCUUCAAAUAUGUUAUCAGCCACUUGAGCAAGGUGAGUCAGAACAACAAGCUGAACCUGAUGACCAGCGAGAACCUGUCCAUCUGCUUCUGGCCCACGCUGAUGAGGCCCGACUUCACCACCAUGGACGCCCUGACCGCCACCCGCACCUACCAGACAAUCAUCGAGAGCUUCAUCCACCAGUGCUCCUACUUCUUCUACAAUCAGCCGCUGGCCGACGGCCUGCCGGGCUCGCCCUCCUCCACGCUGUCAUCUUACGGCGGCGGCGGCACCUCGGCGUAUUCCUGCAUGGCCGGCGGCUACUCCUCCUCGCCGGCCCCGUCCCCGCCGACCCCUUACGUGCUGCCGGCCACGCCCCCUGUCAUCCCGCACUACGGCCCCCCCAUCCACCACCAUCACCACCACCACCAUCAUCACCAACACCAGUCGCCGCCCCACUCCCCGCCUGCCACCCCCCAGUCGCCCAUGCCCGCCCUGAUGCCGCCCUCCCUGCACCCCCAUCACCCGCCCACGGAACAACACACGCUGUGAAGCAGGGAUCAAGGGAAGACGGAUGAGAGGAAGUCGGGACGUCGCGCUGGUUUGUUUGCAUCCACACCCCGCCAUCUUGUUUGUAGCCAUCUUCCUUCUUAAUGGACGCCACGCUUUCUGGCCACACAUUUCACCUUUCAUCAGUCUUCACUCCAGGCUCCUUGUAAGCACGCAAAAGAAGAAAAAAGAGGGGAGAAAAAGCCAACCAACCGGUUCUGCAGAUUGGUGCACUCACGCCUCUCUCGGCCUUCAUCAAAGUUUUUUUUUUUGUUUUUGUUUUUUUUUAAUUCAUAUCAAAUCCUCCCCUCAAAUAUUUUCUUUUUCUCCCGUGAGUCAUUGCUGCAGUCGUCAUAGUAAGGACUUUGUCCACAAAGCACUUUCCUGAGCACUUUUUUUGGGGGUGUCACGUGACAGCCACCUUGGGCUGAGUCCUGCGGGAGCGCGCCACUGACAUCUAGUGGACAACACGGUUAUUGCAAGCCACUAACAAUAAGCGUUUAGGUGUCUUUUUUUUUUUCCUCCUAUUUCUUCGUCUUUUACAGUCGAUUGUAAAUAUAAAAAAAACCCCACAAAUAAUUGAGAUUAUCCCGCUCACGUCGCCUCAAAACUUGCAGAAGGACAUUAAAAACACUGAAUUACCGGAUUGGAGAUAUUAGCACAAUUUGAAGGCUCAUAUUUCACUUUUUAUUGGAGGAAAUAAUUAGUCAACAUAACGCAAAAGGGGUAUUUUGGCCAGCACGAAAAAAGAACAAAAAUACAUUUCAUGAAUAAAGUCCCUAUAAUGCGUGGAAAUAGUUAUUGACUCUUCAAUCAUAACAUUAAUUCCGGCCUUUAUUCUCCUUAUAACUAAUUAAUAUGGGAAAACGUUCUUAAAAAAAAUAUAACACCAAUUUGCCCUGCUCUUUUAUUUCCGUGAUAUUUGCCCCUUUUUCCUCUUAUCACUACAUGGUUAAAAUAACUUAUGUAAAAUAGUCGAUCACGACGUUACACCUGUGACAUUUUAAAAGAAGCUACGAAAAAAAGAUUAGCAAUUUCAUGAAAAACAUGUUUUACUCCUUUACAAUUACACAUUCAUCCCACUCAAAUUUUGAUAUUACUUUUGUGCAUUUUGUAGUAUUAUGACCUAAUUUUGUUCUGUUUUUUGAAAAUAGCUUUUUUCUUCUCUUUCCACACUUAAAAUAGCAAAUUAUUGAAAUAAGAUAUUUACAAAAGUAAAGCGGUAAUACUAGUUUUUUUCCUGGUAAUCUUACAACUUUGGUAUAAUCACUACUUUUGUUAGA